CAAGGCAUUUAUUAAAAAGUGAUAAGGCAAAAAUUGUCAAAUAUGAACCAUUUACCAUCCAACUCUUAUUUGAAUGUGAAAAUCAAGUUCAAGAUAUUACCUUAGGAAUAAAUAGUGGAUAUAAAAAUGUCGGUCUUUCUGCCACUACAGAUAAAAAAGAACUUUAUUCAGCAGAAGUAAAGUUAAGGGAUGAUAUUGUUAAAUUAAUAUCUAGUCGUAGACAAUUACGAAGAGGAAGAAGGUUUAGAAAUACUCGCUACCGCCCAGCAAGGUUUGACAAUCGUAAAAAGGAAGAUGAGGCUCAUAAAAAACAAGUUGAAAAGAUUAACCAAAUCUUGCCUAUCAACAAAACCAUAGUAGAAGUUUCCAGUUUUGAUAUUGCCAAGAUUAAAAAUUCUGAAAUCCAAGGCAAAGAAUACCAACAAGGCGAACAAUUCGAAAGUAGACAAACUGGUGGCAAUGCUCCGAACAACCUAAUCACUUUAUGUAAAACCUGCGAUGAAAGUUAUCACAAUGGUAAAUUAGAAUUAAAAUUGAAACGCGAACAGUAUCCGAAUGUUAAUUUAACUUAUGGUUAUAUCACCAAAAACAUUCGGUUAGAAAAUAAACUAAGAAAAGAAAAACGAACAGAUGCUUUGUGCAUCACUGGAAAUCCUAAAAUAAUCGAAGAAGUCGAAAAAGAUAUUGCUCGCAUGGCAAAAAAUCUCAGCGAAGCAAAUAGCGGAGGAGAACUUGAAUCAAAAAAAAGAACUAGAGUUACUCUAUAG